CUCACUACUCAGUCACCGUGUCCGCUCAGCCCGGGAUCUCCGCCGCUCACUGCGCUCUAUCUCCCCUGCUCCGUUCCAUUCUCUCCGCUCUGCUCCGGCCGCACAGCGGGAUCUAUGGCCACCACGGUGCUGACCAUGAGUGCCAGGCUGGGGCGCCUGGAGGAGCCGGUCUUCACCCAGCUCAAGCCUGUCCACGGCGGGCACCAUGCCUCGAGAGGGGACCCUGCUGCCGGGGGAGCUCUGUACGGGGACGAUCUCAAGAGCUCCAGGAUGCUGACCGAUGAUAUAGUGCAGACUAGAUGUGAAAUGGACAAGUACCUGACUCCUCAUGCUCCACCUGUUCACACUAUGCAAGAACAGAAGAAAUACAGGAGAGACAGUGCCUCCGGUAUUGACCAGUUCUUUAACGACAGUGAUGGACUACCUUACAGCAUUAAUAUGAAUGUCUUCCUUCCGGACAUCACUCACCUGAGAACAAACCUGUAUAAAGCUCCAAGGCCUCAUGUAACUCAUAUUAAGACAGAGCCUGUCACUGUAUUUAACCAGCAAAGUGAUUGUGCCACAUCCCAGCCUCUCCCAGAAUUCACCAGCAUUUUCAGUUCUCACCAGAAUUCAGAUCUACACAAUAUCUACAUCAAACAAGAGCUUCCAUCGCCAGAACUUCAAAUUCCAGUGAGCCCUCAGCAUGGUCAGUUAUAUCAGCUGUUGAGCUCUCCUGAUUUAGACAUGUCUGGUUCUCCAAACCAGGCGUCCGUAAUAGACAGUAUGAAUAAUGCUUCCAUGUCAACCGAUAUGUCUGGUUUCAACACAAUCCCCUCCUCUGUGCCACAGACUGUAAUGAAGCCCUUUCAUGGCAUUCACCAGUGCUCAUACAGCAUGGCCAGUCAGUUCAUGCAGCCACAAGAAGCCACCUACUUCCCUCCUUCACCACCCAGCUCUGAACCUGGCAGUCCAGAUAGACAAGCUGAGCUCCUCCAGACAGCAAAUCCUCCUCCUUCAUAUGCAGCUACAAUAGCCUCCAAGAUGGCAAUCCACAACCCUACACUAUCAGCGCAUGUAUCCAUGACGUCCUCCGCUAUUCAGCCUGUCCGCUACAAUCGCAGAAAUAAUCCAGAUUUGGAAAAAAGGCGAAUCCACUACUGUGACUAUCCUGGAUGCACAAAGGUAUAUACAAAGUCAUCUCAUUUAAAAGCUCACCUGAGAACACAUACUGGAGAGAAGCCAUACAAGUGCACUUGGGAAGGUUGUGACUGGAGAUUUGCUCGCUCAGAUGAACUGACCCGUCACUACAGAAAGCACACAGGAGCUAAACCCUUUCAAUGUGCUGUGUGCAACCGCAGCUUCUCUCGCUCUGACCACUUAGCCCUGCACAUGAAAAGGCAUCAGAACUAACAUGGACUAUUGCAGAGACUUUUAUUCUUUUUUUCCCAAACCCCACCCCUAACUGCCUUACCUGAAAUAUACUACAGAUAGGAACAACCAGUAGGGUAAUUGCUGCCAUAAGACUUUUUUUACAUUUUUAUUUUAUUUUUUUUAAAAUACCUGUUUUGCUGACUUCAAAACUGGAAAUUCAAAUACAUAUUGCUUCUUUAUAUUUAGAAGGAAACUGGGAAGAUUUUGAGUUAUAUAAUGACUACACAUUCAUUUAACCUUUUCAUUAAUGGUUGUGUUUUGUGUGUGCAAAUUUAGGCCAAAUGAUAUAUAUCGCUUAAGUUAGACGUUCAAAAUACAAGAUUAUAAAUGCACGGGGAGUUCAGUAGCACAAGCAAAAGAAUGUGUCUCUAAAAGGAGCUUUUGGACGAUAUGGGAGACAGCUCCACAGAACUGAAUGGCUAAACACCCGAGCACUGGGUGAUGUCAAACAUAUUCUUCCUAUCUACAGUAGUAAUGAUUUUGCAGUUCAAAUGCAGAGAAUGUGGCAUGGUGGGAACCAAAAAUCUCCAACAAUUGGAGAUUUAUUUGUAAUUUUUUUUAAACUCUAUUUUGGCCCAAACUUUGCAAUUUGGUUGUCAACAGUGUUUUAAUGAAUGUCCCAGUUGGUAGUUUUUAUCUUCAUACAAGGUAUUUACAUCUCAACACACCCAAGGCUAUUAAAGUUUUGUAGUAUUGUUUUGACCAAAGCACUGUCUUUAGUAUCAGUGUUUAGUAAAUGAAAUGAGGUCACAGAUGACUGCACGCAAAGGACAAGCCAUAUUUUCUUAACCCUAAAGUGACAAGCUAACCUCAAUACUUGAUCCUACAUGUACAUUUUUUUUUUUACUAUUUAUUUAUCGAACAUUACAGCCACUGAACAAUAUCACAAAUAUUAUUACACAUGCUCAACGUAAAUAAUGUUUUAGUAUAUUUAUAUUCUCAAUUGAUUUCAUUAAAAAAAUUCUAGUGCAAUUCAAAUGAUUCCAAAGAACCUUUUUUUUUUUUUUUUUUUU